AUGGGUUCUUUAUUCAAGAUACGUGAUUACUGGCAUCAUUCCUUUCCAGAAGAGGAAUUCUCCCCCUCCUGCCUUGCUGUUGGUGACCUGAAUAACCCCAAUACUGGAAAUAAAAUCGCUAUCGGGUCCUUUCAGGGUGUUUUUCGUAUCUUUCAACCAACUAGCUCCCCUUCUUCCUCCCCCAACGGCAUCUCACCCGAGGAUUUGCUCUAUGAGGAGCGCUUUGGGGAACCUAUCCUCCAAAUCGCAUGUGGUCCUUUCAAGCCGCUCGCAACCAGUGAUCAUCCAAAUCUAUUCGCGAUUCUUUUUCCAAAAAAAAUACGUCUGUUCAGCGUCGAGCGUUGUGGCGAAGAAAAGGCAGAAAAGGACGCCAAUGAAAAUUCUAACAAUACCCAACCAUGGGAAGACAAAUCACAAGAGGAGAUCGUUCCCCCAGAAGACGUUUCCGCCGCCUAUUACCGUUCUACCACUAUCUUUACCGCGGAGUUUGAUCAGCCGACCUACAAUUUCACCACCGGCCGUUUUGACGGCGUGAAGUAUGAUCGGAUUUGCGUGCAAACAAUGAAUGGGCAGUGGACUAUUGUCGACUAUGAUAAAAUACUCUGUAGUUGUAGUUUGCCGCCGAGUCAAUUUCUCGUCCCGGGCUGUCUAACCUACUGCGAGCCGCGGGAUUGUUUUUUGACGUGCAAUACUUCCUAUUUUUUGCUUUGUUAUUCCUUUGCGAGCCUGACGAGCGCCGCGGAUGUGGAUUUCACCGCCAGGGGCGUCUCCUCCCGCGAGCGGCUUUCGCCGAUGUGGGAAGUAAACCUCGGCGAGGAGGCGCUAGCGAUUGAGGUGUGCCGAUUGAGCAAGGAAUUAACGGCUAAUGAUGCCGAUAUUGUGAUUCUCUGUCCGUAUGCUCUCCGAGUGCUUUCUUUACAGGGUGCGUGCCGCUAUUUACGCCCGCUAAGUAGUGAGGCCGCCUGUUUAUCGAUCUAUGCGCUGCCAUCUGGCAUGCAUAAUGUCCUUGUAGGGGCUUGGGAUGGCUCGGUGAACGUCUUCUCCGAUCUGGUGUUGAAGUGGAGCGCGUAUUUAACCUUUGGAGGGGCCCCAAUGGCGCUUAGGGUGGGCGCAUUUUGCGGGGUUGAAGGGAUGAUUCUUUCUUUAACGGUGGAGGGGGUUUUAAUGGUGGCCUACUUGGGAACCGACCCCGCCACGCGAAAACCACCACCGAUGCUUGAAAGCAAGGUCAUGAGUUAUGCCGAGAUGCAGAAUGAACUUCGCCAGGUUCAGCGCAAAAUUAAGUCGAUUCAGGCGGGAAAAAAGCUACCCACGGAAGCUAUGGAAUCCACCAUGGGGUCAAGCUCGUCUAUUCAAGCGGCGUUGGCAAAGUCGAAUUCGGAUCUAAAGUCGUUCGACCGAUUAGAUAAUGUAUCGGCUAGGAAUCAAAAGGAAAACAGCAGUGGUUCGCCCAUAAAUAUUGACUUUGAAAGUCAUUCCUUGAAUUCAGACGAGCGUGGCGAGGUUUUUCUUCUUUCAUUGUUGGUGGGCCUUUCCAUGGGUGAAAAAGCGGGGAAGGUGCAGUUGUGGAUGAAAACAACGCCGCCGAUUAUGGUGGAGCCAAACUAUCUCACUGUGGUGAGUGUCGCUCAGGGCGCCACCACGCGGAUUCCCCUUUCCAUUUCCGUGGAUAAAAAGGCGAUCUCGGUAAUCCCCUCUUCGCUUGAAUUGCUCGUGGUGGCGGUUUUGGAAAAUUGCCUGAGUUCUUCAGCGCGGAUGACGCUGCCGUUGCCGCUCGUCUGCCGUGUCGUCCCUCACGUUCGCUGCGCGGAGGUGUCCAUGCAAAUCAACACCGACCGCACCCCGGCGCCUUCGUUGUUCGAUUUAUUUCAGGAUCUUUCCCCGGAUGAAAACAUGCGGGAGAAUCUCAUGAGCGUGGAAUUGACAAACGGUGCGAGGGUCACACUGCUUGUCUCCAAGAAUGCCGCGCGCUUUAAACUUCAGGGAACCUCGUUGGAUGAACUUUGGCUGCUCUCGUCGGAGUUGAUGAGGCGUCUUCGGUUGUACUACGUUCAGAAGGAUAGCGCGCCGCUGAACUUCAGCACCCUGGACGAGCUCCCGCUUGAGAAAUUUCUCACUGCCGUGAACCUUCACACGGAGGUUCGAAAUGACUUGUCGAAUGCAAUGAACAAGCUCAAUCAGGCCGCGCAGUUCGUGCGGAAUUUACAAAAAAGACUGCUUGCCAAAUUUCGCGAUCGGACACCGACGGAGUCGAAUGCCCUAGCGCUGCUCUUGACUGAAAGUCAUACUAACCUUCAGAAGACAACCGAAAAGGUAUGCCUUACGAAACUUCAUCUGAAGCGUGCCUCCGCGAUGCUUAAUAGCUUUUGUCAACUAAUGUGGAUGUGGUUGAGUUUGCUGAAUCCGAAUUCUUUUUCCGAAAAGAGCGAAUUCUCGGAAACGCUUCAGGGUUUGCUGACAUGUGAGGUUCGCGAUGAUGUUGAAGUAAGGUGGGAGGAAGAGACGGAAGCUGUUUUAACACAUAUCCUCGAGAUUACCCGCACACAAGCGAUUCAAUCAGUGAUAAAACCUGGAAUCAACAACUCGAAUUUAAGAAAAUAUCUUUCUUUGGCGUUUGACCGAGUUGCAAAGGGAACCUUAGAGCAAACGAAUAUGAAGAAGAUCAUCGAGAAUGCGGUGAAGUGA